AUGAAGAUCCUAUCGCGCCACCUGGAGCGCGAUGGCAGUGGCACGGUGGCACUCAUGCCCGAGUGCGAUGAGGAUCUAUACCAUCUGUACAACCUAAUUCAGCCGGAGGAUCGCGUGCGUGCCUCAACGGUGCGGCGCAUCCAGAGUGAGUCCAAUACGGGCUCGAUCGAGUCGCACCGGAUGCGUCUGCAGCUCACGCUCUCGGUGACCAAGAUUGACUUUGAGAUGGCCGCUGGCACGUCCAAGUCUUCCGGUGUCGGACCCACGAGCGACGCAGAGUCGGGGAGCGAGCCUGGCUCCGCUACGUCGACGCCGAUGAGCUCGCUCGUGCUGGGUGAGGCGGGGCCCGCGCCCUCCCUCAGCGGCGCCACGCAGGGCAAUCCGACGCUGCACAUCUCGGGGCGCGUGGCCGAGGAGAACGAGCAUGUGCGCACAGGCUCGUUCCACACACUCGACAUUGAACUGAACAGGAAGCUAUCGAUCGCCAAGGAGCGCUGGGACCAGCACCACCUCGAUAUUCUCACGGAGAGUGGCGAGGCAGGCCGCACGGCCGAGGUCGGCGCCGUGAUCCUCGGCGAGGGGCGCGCGAUCGUCUGCCUGCUCACCAACCACAUGACGAUUGUGCGCCAGCGCAUCCAGGUGGCCCUGCCGCGGAAGCGUGCGGGCGCCGGCUAUGCGAGUGCGCAGGGGUCCAGCGGGACCGUGAAGCUGACCGAUCGCUUCAACACGCAAGUGUACGAGGCCGUCCUGAAGCUGCUUUCUCUGCCCGAGAUGCGUGUCGUGCUCUUGGCCUCGCCGGCCUUUUACAAGGACGUCAUGUACGACUUUUUACUGGCAGAGGCCGUGCGGCGGAACGACAAGGUGCUCCUGGGCCAGGAGGGGAAGCGCAAGCUCCUCAAAGUGUACUGCGCAACGCCGCAUGUGCACGCCCUCAUGGACGUGCUCAAGAGCCCCGAAGUGUCAGCGCAGCUACAGAAUACCAAGUUCACUCGCGAGAACCAGCUCAUCGACCAGUUCCUGCGCACCCUCUCGUCCGACGAGCUGCGUGCGUGGUACGGCGAGCGCGCCGUCAAGCUCGCCGCGACGCGCGGCGCCAUCGGCACGCUGCUCCUGUCCGAUGCCAUGUUGCGCAACACGCACCCCACGGUCCGCCAGCAGUGGCUCGAUCUGUGCCAGCUCGUCAAGUCGUUUGGCGGGCAGGUCGUCGUGUUCAGCUCGCUGCAUGAGAGUGGGCGCCAGCUCAAUGGGCUCGGUGGGAUCGCCGCGCUGCUCACAUACCCACUGGAUCUCGAGCUGAUCGAGGAAGAAGAGGCAGAGGCGGAGGCAGAGGCCGCGGCGGCCAAGGCCUCAUAG